CCGGAUUACACUUGGCCCUUACAGGACCCUUCUCGUAUGGAAGCGCUAGAAGCCAGGGUGGCGUCGAUGGCGGACCUGUUUGAAGAAGAAAAGAUGAAGAACGAAGCGCGUCUGAUGAAAGAGAGGCAGGAUCGCAUGAGAGGGGAGGAGCAAGUCAAGCAGCUGCAAGCUGAACUUGGCGAGCAGCGGCGGAUUGCAGAAAGGGUCGUCAUCGAGAACAGGCGAAGUGUUGAGGAAGAGGAGUUCGAGCAACUGCGCGAACAGCACGCGCGCGAAAAGCGACGCCUGGAGAACGAUCUGGACCGCGAGCGCGAGUCCGUCGCAGCACUCAAGGCGACACUGUCCCAGCAGUCCACGGCACAUCUCACAAUGGAGUCGACGCAUUCGGCUCUGCGUAACCAGAUCACCGCCCUGACAACCGAUCUGGACACGCACAAGGCGCGCAUCGCCGCACUCGAGGCCGAGCUGGUAGACACUAAGCGCAGUAAUGCGCACCUUGAGAACGAGCUGCGCGAAGCCGAGUCGCUGCGGCGCAAGCUGCACAACGAGGUGCAGGAGCUGCGCGGCAACAUCCGCGUCUUUGCACGCGUGCGGCCGAGCGUACGCAACGACUCAGUCAACGCGGUGGCGCAGGGAGGAGCAGCGGCCGACGGCACUGCGGCGCUCGCGAGCAUUCGUUACCCCAACGAGAGGGAGGCGAAUCAGAUCGAGAUCCUCGCAGCUGGAGAGAGUGCGACGGGCACAGCGACGAUGAGCAAGCAUAUCUUCACGUUCGAUCGCGUCUUCCAGCCGAGUGCGAGCCAGGCGGAUGUGUUUGAGGAGGUAGCCCAUCUGACACAGUCCGUCCUAGACGGCUACAAUACUUCCAUCUUCGCGUACGGUCAGACGGGCUCCGGAAAGACGCAUACGCUCGAGGGUCCAGCGGACUGCUUCCUCACAGGCGACGACCCGGCCUCGCACCAAGGAGCAGGUCUCAUCCCCCGCGCUGUACAGAUGCUCUGGGGCACCGCUGAGGCGCUCAAGGAUAAAGGUUGGAAAUACGACUUUGAAGGACAGAUGCUUGAAAUUUAUCUCGAUGGUAUCAAUGACUUGCUCGGGAGAGAGUCCUUCGACAAGGCCAAACACGAGAUAAAACACGACAAAACGCGCACGGUCAUUACGGAUGCCGUGGUUGUCCCGCUCGUCUCGCCUCAGCAAGUGUUUGCACUGCUCGAGAAGGCCAAGAAGCGACGUCAAGUUGCUGCGACGCUGAUGAACGAACGCUCCAGUCGCUCGCACAGCGUCUUCAUCCUACGCGUACGCGGACAGAAUGCGACAACAAUGGAGUGCUGCGAUGCCGUGCUCAACCUUGUCGAUCUGGCAGGCUCGGAGCGUCUCAGCAAUUCAGGCUCCGCGUCCGACCCGCAGCGGUUGAAGGAGGCGCAGAGCAUCAACAAGUCGCUCAGCAGCCUCGCGGAUGUCAUCGCCGCGCUUGGGCAGAACAAGGCAAGCGCGCACAUCCCUUACCGCAACUCGACGCUCACGUGGCUGCUCAAGAACUCGUUGGGUGGUAAUUCCAAGACGCUUAUGCUGCUUGCCCUCUCGCCGAUGGCUGCCCACCAGUCCGAAUCGCUGUGCUCUCUCAGGUUCGCGACCAAAGUCAACGCCACACACAUUGGCACUGCCAAGCGCAUGCUCAAAGUGGACGGCUGACCGACCCCCUGCUAAGUUUGACUUCAUCGUGGGCUGGGGUUUACUAUGCAUCAGAAGCUGCAUCUCUUCCUCCUCCUGGCGCUCGUUCGAUAUUCGUAGCCUCUGUACAAUACUCAGCAGUAAUGAUACUCGCAUUCACACCAUUU